GGUUGCUGUUUAGUGUAACUUCAAUCAAAUUGGAAAUUUGGAAUUUAUAUAUUCUUUAUUUCUUAAUUUGAAAACCUGUAUUUCUGAAUUCUAACCUUUUAAAAGUUACUUCCCCUCUCUCACGGCUCCAGAAAAUUCUACAUUGCGAAUAUACGUGUCAGACAGUUCACAUUAGACCAAGUACUGUACUAGUAUAAAUUCUAUGGCGCAAAUGUAAAUAUCUGUAUAUAAACUUAGAUUGGUGGAUUUUAAAUCCUAGAUUACCCGCGCUGUAAUAGGUAUUUUGCUAAACCGACUAAACUAUAGUUUAUUGUAAGAUGUAAACGCGAAUUGCGCAUUAUGAUUUAAUAAUUUUAAGAAAAAUGUUUUAGCAACAGUAUAAGACACAAAUACAUUACAUUAUUACGAUAUGGAUGAAUCGAGUCCACCUAAACGGAAGAAAAGAUCUGACUUGUUGACAAAAUUUAAAAAUAACAGGGAAAAUGCAUCUGAAUCCAUCAUGACAUUUCCUUUUAACAAAAAACGUGUUCGACUUUUAAGUGAACUAAAUGAUGUUAAAGAUUGUAAAGGAAUUUUAUAUUGGAUGUUUCGUGAUAUUAGGGUACAAGAUAAUUGGGCUUUGCUUUUUGCUCAAAGAACUGCAUUAAAAAAUAAUGUGCCUCUUCAUAUAUGUUUCUGUAUAAUGCCAAGUUUUCUUUAUGCUUCCAUACGAUAUUAUAAAUUUCUUUUAAAAGGAUUAAUGAAAGUUGAGGAGGAAUGUAAAAAUCUCAAUAUAAAUUUUCAUCUUUUGAAUGGUGAACCAAAUAUGAGCAUUUUAAAAUUUGUAAAAGCACAUAGAAUGGGAGCUGUGAUUGCAGAUUUUAAUCCAUUAAGAUUACCUAUGUCAUGGAUUAAUGAUUUACAAAAGGAUCUUCCUGAAUAUAUUCCUUUUUGUCAAGUGGAUGCACAUAAUAUUGUACCUUGCUGGAUUGCAUCAUCAAAGCAGGAAUAUGCUGCUAGAACAAUUAGAAGUAAAAUAAAUACAAAAUUAGAGGAAUUCUUAACAGAAUUUCCACCUGUUAUAAAACAUCCACACAAAAUAAAAUCUAAGAUUGAAGGAAAUAAUUGGGAAAAGGCUCUACAAAAUAUAUCAGUAGAUAUGUCUGUAGAUGAGAUUACAUGGGCUAAGCCAGGCUAUGAGUAUGGUGUCAAAGCAUUAGAAAAUUUUUUACAAAACGGUAUAAAAAAGUAUGCGACCGAACGCAACGAUCCUUUAGCAAAUGCUCUUAGCAAUUUGUCUCCUUGGUUUCAUUUUGGUAUGAUAUCAGUACAACGUUGCAUUUUAGAAAUAACGGAAUACAAAAAAAUACAUCCAAAAUCUGUUGAAUCUUUCAUGGAAGAAGCCAUUAUUCGACGAGAACUAAGCGAUAAUUUUUGCUUCUACAAUAAAAAGUAUGAUCUUAUUGAAGGAGCUUAUCCUUGGACAAUAGAAACAUUAGAUAAACAUCGGAAAGAUAAAAGAAAGUAUUUAUAUUCUUUAGACCAAUUAGAAAAUUCUGAAACUCAUGAUGAUUUAUGGAAUGCAUGUCAAAAUCAAAUGGUAAUGAUAGGCAAAAUGCACGGUUUUCUGAGAAUGUAUUGGGCAAAAAAAAUUUUAGAAUGGACUGAAUCUCCUGAAAGUGCCUUACAAUGGGCUAUUUAUUUAAAUAAUAAGUACAGUAUAGAUGGCUGUGAUCCUAAUGGUUAUGUAGGUUGUAUGUGGUCUAUAUGUGGCAUUCAUGAUCAAGGUUGGUCAGAAAGACAAAUAUUUGGAAAAAUAAGAUACAUGAAUUAUGAAGGAUGCAAACGAAAAUUUGAUGUUAAAGAAUUUAUUUUAAAAUGGGGCAAGAAAAAGAAUGAACUGUGAUAUAGUAAAUUAGAACACAAAUGUUGAUCUUUUGUUAAAAUUUUUAUAUUAAUUUAUUUUUCUGAGAAAUUGAAAAAAUAUAGUAUUAUUUA